AGCAAAGAUCACAUCCGACGCCCCAUGAAUGCAUUCAUGAUCUUCAGCAAGGCUCACCGUGCCAUGGUUCAUGAGCGACAUCCCAACCAGGACAACCGGACAGUCAGUAAGAUACUUGGGGAGUGGUGGUAUGCCCUGGGUGCGGAGGAAAAACAGAAAUACCAUGAUCUGGCUGCCAAG